AUGUUCAGUGGGACGGGGGGCAGGGGGGUGAUCUCCCUUCGGUUUGCGCCGUUCUGCCGGCGGCGGGGUGAUGCUCCGGGCGGGAUGGAUUUUGGGGGCAAAACCUGCCAGAAGCCCCCCUGCUCCUCAGCGGUCCGGGUGACACGGCAGCAGCGUUUUGGUGCCACUUCUCAAGCUUUUGGGGCCACGCGGAACCGGGUCUGGUCCUUCAUCAGGGGGGAAAGCCCCGAGGGCGUCCCCGCCGAGGGCGGCGGCGACGAUGGCAAAGCCUUCCUGGGCAAGGACGGGGCUCUGCUGCCCUUCCCCGCCGCCGACGCCGUGCAGGCUUCCCUGGCUCUGCGGGGCCAGGGCAAGGAGGACCCCAAAGCGGAGGAGGAUGCGAAAGGCAAGGAGGAAAGUUUCUCCAUGGACAGCGAUCUAGAUUACAGCUCGGACGACAACAUCGCCGGGCAGGCGGCUCACAAGGAAGAGGACUCUGGCAACGCGCUGGAGGAAAACCCCCAGAACCCCCCCAAUUCCACCAACACCACGUCCACGGGCAAAAACCGGCGGAGGCGAACAGCCUUCACCAGCGAGCAGCUGCUGGAGCUGGAGAAGGAGUUCCACUGCAAAAAGUACCUGUCCCUGACCGAGAGGUCCCAGAUCGCUCACGCCCUCAAACUCAGCGAGGUGCAGGUGAAAAUCUGGUUCCAGAACAGACGGGCCAAAUGGAAACGGGUCAAGGCGGGCAACGCCAACUCCAAGACAGGGGAGCCCUCCCGGAACCCCAAGAUCGUGGUGCCCAUCCCGGUGCACGUCAGCAGGUUCGCGAUCAGGAGUCAGCACCAGCAGCUGGAGCAAGCCCGACCCUGAUCUCUUCCCUCCUCCGACGCUCAGAGCCACGAGUUUUUUAAAGGGAAAAGUUUCCAACCCGGGGUUUGAAGGCAGCCCACCCGAAUAAAAACAAAAACGAGAGAAGCGAAGAAAAAAAUCCAAAAACCACCA